GCCCGCUCGUCAAUUUACCAAAUUUGGCACUCUUUCCUAUUUAUGUUUUUAAUUAUUUCAUAUUUACUAAACAUGAAGCGAUGGCUUCCUCCAUUAUUAAAGACGCCUCAUCUUUCUUAUUCCUCCUCUAACCCCACUCUCUCUUCUCCCUUAUGAGCUCGAAUCUUUGAGGUAGAAUCGGAGUUAGGGUUUCUUGUUUUUCUUUCAAGAAAAUAAGGAAAAUUUGAAAGGAAGAAAGGCUUCAAAAGGCUGAUCGGUGGAAUUCGGGUUCUAGGGUUUCCCGGCGCUUGAUUCUCUGGGCCAUUAGAUGGUGCAGUUGCCGAGUCCGGGCAAGUUCCGGCAAGAUUCCGAUCCGCCGAGGGGGGCGGCGGCGGCGGCGAAGGAGGAGAUCGAGGACUUUUUGGAUGAGGAGCAUGGUCCGUUCAGCAAGAGAUCGAGGGACGACACUCUUCCUCAGCAGCAGGGUAUGCCUUAUGAUAUACUUGACGAACCUAGCCCAUUAGGUCUUCGUCUUAGGAAGAGUCCAUCUCUAUUGGAUUUGAUUCAGAUGAAGCUUUCUCAAGUGAACUCAGGAACCAUGUCGUGCAUCUUGGCAAGUGAAAAUACUGAUAAUGGGAAGAAGAUAGAUUUUAAGUUUGCUGCUGUUUCUGGCACUACUGACAAGCUGAAAGCUUCAAACUUUCCUGUGGUCCUUUUAACAAUUGGGACUUGGGAGCGGGUGUCAAAAUAUGAAGGUGAUUUAGUGGCAAAAAUCUACUUUGCAAAACAUAAACUUGUUUGGGAGGUUCUUGAAGGUGGCCUCAAGAGCAAGAUUGAAAUCCAGUGGUCAGAUAUUACUGCUCUGAAGGCAGGAUACCCUGAAAAUGAUGAUGGAACCCUGGAUAUAGUGUUGGCUAGACCACCUCUUUUUUAUAAAGAGACCGAUCCUCAGCCUAGAAAGCAUACCUUGUGGCAAGCAACUACAGAUUUUACCGGUGGUCAGGCAAGUGUGCACAGGAGGCAUUUUCUGAAGUGUUCCCAGAGCUUGUUAAGCAAGAAUUUUGAAAAGCUCGUCCAAUGUGAUCCACGUUUAAAUUUACUGAGUCGACAACCAGAUAUUAUGUUGGAAUCUCUGUAUUUUGAACCUCGAUGCCCUGUUUUUGAUGGUCAAGUUGAAGUUAAAAGUCAUGGUUUUGACAGUAUGGACAGUAAGGGACUCACCUUCUCAGGAUUCUGUGAUUCUGGUUCACCUCACACUUCAUCGAUAUGCAUGAAGAGCGCAGAACUAGAUUCUGUUGGGAGAGCACUGGAUCUUGUCUCACAAGAAACUGAUUCACCAAGCACAGGAAUAGAAUCUCAGUCAUUGGAAGAGCAUAACAGCAGUGAGACAGAAGAGUUUGAGGAACCUAACAGGCAGGAUCAGUUGAAAGUGCCUGGCUCCAAAGAGUCCAUGUCCAGGAAUUAUCUGGUGAACCACAUAGAAAAUUGCACUCAGAUGGCUUCAGGCAAUCCAUCCUCAUCCAGUGACCCUCUACCAACCCAAGAAAUAUUGGAGAAUAUAUCCCAGCAACUGCUCGAUGACUCUCAGGGCUCCUCUGUCCUGGAUGAACAAUCUCUCUUGCCAAGAGUCAAUUCCUUUCUCUCUUUGAUAACACCUCAAAACCUCCAGGUAAUUAAUGGUGAGCGCAGGAUAGUGGUCGAUGAAUCUGAUUCAGUGACAGCAAUUGAAGUUGUUGAUGGUGCGCAACCACCUAUAUCUAGAAAUGAAUCCGCUGGGGAGCUUUUGAUUAAUCUUCCCCGCAUAGCAUCACUGCCACACUUCCUAACCGAUAUCGCUGAAGAUUUUGAAAAUGAAGGUAGAUGAUUUUCCCUGAUCUAUAUAGGGAGUUUGCUGUAAAAAUUAGCUUAGAACGGUAGUCAUUCUAUUUAAGUUUGGAUAUUGAAGACUUCUUAGAUGCUUUGGAAGUCUCAUGUUUAAAUAAAUAAUUAAAUAGUUUAUUGGCUCCA